ACCUUCGAUGAGCCUAUCAGUGGCAGCGCUGGUAAAAUCCUUGAAACAAGACCUCGAAACUCUCUGUUCUCAGCUUGAUUCGGCUUUUAGAUUUUCCUAGAUUGCAUUACCGACAACGAAUAAUUAAGAGAAUCCAGAAAGAAUCCAGCUUGAUCAGGGCAGUGGCACCGAGUCAGAUUGGGCAAAAUUCGCGCAACGCGAAAAUACAAAUGGGACUGUUGCGCGGCGCGGGAGGUGGAAGAUGGAGGGUUUGGUCGUGACAAAGCAAUAAGGGUGCGAAUGCGAGAUGGGAGUCACUAAGAAAGGGUCGUCUCCUUCUUCCACCUCACCUUGUGCCGAUCUCAGAGCUGCUUAUCACAAUUGCUUUAACAGGUGGUAUUCGGAGAAAUUCGUUAAAGGUCAGUGGGACAAAGAGGAAUGCGUUUCUGAAUGGAAAGUGUACAAGGCUUGUCUCUCUAAACAUUUGGAUGAUAAACAUCGCUGCUUCUUGGAAGCUGAAGCUGACCUGGGAAAACCAGUCACUGGUGCUGCUUAUGAUGUUUCUAAUUGAACUUUUUGUUCAAGAACAAGCUCUCCUAAUUGCCAGUCAAAAUUUUUUUUCCGAGCCACUCUACUGUGAGCCUUCAAGUGCAGAAAUUCAGCUAUCCCAGCAAAGCCAAACACACUGAAUAUUGUGUAUUUUGACUGAAAGUUUGUAUCAAUAACAGUUACUUAAAGAGCAGCUAAUAAGCUAGAGCCUUAAUAGUUUUGAUUGGUUUUCAAUAUUUUUUUAUAUCAUAUCUUUGGAAGCUAUUUAUGAAUGGCUUAUACAAAUAUACGUAAUGAAUUCCCUAACCUUUUGGAAUAAAGGCUCGAAUGAUGGGGAUGAGAGUC